AUGGUUCCAGAGUUUACAUUCCCAGUUUCAGUACUUUCACAGGUGUUUUGCUGCACUGGCUCAAGAACAGCUCAAGUCGCCUCGCCCGAGCGGGCUGCAUAUACGCAGCUCCAGGACGUCGCGGGUCGCUUCUCUGGUUCGAUCGGGCCCAUGGCGAAUGAGUUCCCAGGCAGUGACGCCACCUCUGCUGACUCCAGCCGCUCAGAGAGUCGCACGACCUCGGAACUGGCCUCGCUGCUGCGGCGCACUUGGCCCCUCUUCCUGGGCAACACGCUCGAGUGGUACGAGUUCGCGGUGUACGGCUAUCUGGCGCCCUACUUGGUGCACGAUUUCUUCGGCGGCUCGGACGUCGGCGUAUGGCUCGGCUACGGGGCGUCGUUUGUCACGCGGCCCUUCGGCGGCCUCGUCUUCGGCAUCGUCGCGGACAGGUGCGGUCGCAGGCCCGUCACCCUGAUCUCCCUGCUGGGCAUGGUGCUCGCGACGGGGCUUCAGGGCGCCCUCCCCGCCGCCAGCGGCGGCGCUGGGUGGAGCAUGCACGCCCUCGUUGCCCUCCGGCUCGCUCAGGGCUUCUUCGUCGGCGGGGAGGAGGGCACGAUGAUGGCGAUGCUCGCCGAGGAGGCCCCCGACCGGCACAAGAACCUCGUCACCUCCCUCUACCUGACCGUGGCCCACCUCGCGUUCACGAUCACGGCCGGCGUCGUCUUCGCGCUGGAGUCCUCGCUGGCCCCCGCGGAGAUGCAGUCCUGGGGCUGGCGGGUCCCCUUCCUCCUGGUGCUGCCGCUCGGCCUCGUGGCGCUCGCGGGGCGCAGUCGCAUAGAGGAGACGGAGGACUUUCGGCAGUUCCUCCAGGACAGGGCGUCUGAGCAGGGCGCCUGGGAGGCAGGGGGGAGGGGCCGCUUCCUGGCCAAGCUCUCGGCGGUGCGGCGUUACAUCGGCCACGUGCUGCUCGGCUGCGCGGCCGCGGCGGGCUUCUCCGCCCUCAUCUACACGGCCACCUCCUGGACCAUCGCUUUCCUCCGGGCCCGGGGCCUCCAGUACAGCAGCCUCCUCGCCACGCUGCAGCAGGCGCUGCUGGUGGUGCUCGUGCCCUGCUUCGGGUGGCUCGGCGACCGGGUCGGGGUGGCCACCAUGAUGCUGGCGGGCGCCGUCCUCACCGCGCUGGUCGGGGUCCCCGUCUUCGCCGUCCUGGAGUCCGCGCCCGCGAACUGGACGGUGGCCUUCCUGUGCCUGGGCGUCGGCUACGGGGUGCCCAUCGCGGUGUGCGCGGCGGCCAGCGGCCUCUUCUGCGCGGAGCUCUUCCCGACGCAGGGCCGGAGCCUCGGGGUGGGGCUCACCCACAACCUGGCCAUGAGCCUCGUGGGCGGCGCCGCGGGGCUCACGGCCCAGGGGUCCCUGGAGUACUCGAGGCUGGGGCCGGGCGUGUACAUCUCCGCCUGGGGCGCGCUCAGCGCCCUCGCCAUCUGCGCGGGCCUCUGGGCGCGGGCCGCCGGAGGGGCGAAGCUGGCGCACGUGCGGCCGGAGCCCUACUUCUGCGCCUGCUCCGCGGCGGGCCGCGCGGAGGGCGCCCUCGAGGCCGCCAAGGGGGAGCAGCAGGCCUGA